AUGCCUCUCUGGGUCAUAUACCAUCCACCCAGCACAUUCACCUCUACGGCCACCAAGGCGGCUUUAGCAAAAGCAAUCACAGAAAUCUAUGUGCUCGGCGGCCUCCCCAGAUUUUACGUCAAUGUCAUCUUUCAACCCAUCCAGCCCGAAUCGUACUACAUCGGCGGUGUCGCAAGACCCUCCCCAGAUAGUGAGGACAACAAGCCUGGGCCUGAUAGCUCGGUGCCUUUUAUCAGGAUCAGGAUGGAGCAUUUUGCUCGAGUAAUGCCCUCGGCCGCACACCAAAAGCGCUUCUUAGACAAGGUCGACGAAACGCUGAAGCCGUUCAUCGCAGACCAAGGGUAUGACUGGGAGUACAGUACUGAAGAGGCGGAUAGAGAUUUGUGGAAAAUCAACGGAAUGCUGCCGCCGAUGCCGGAGACUGUGGCUGAAAAGGAAUGGGUAGAGAAGAAUAGGGCGGUGGAGUUUGAGCCGGAGCAGGGUGGAUUGCCGAAGCUGUGA